AUGAAUGGAGCAGUCCGCAGACGGAGGAGCCAGGAAAGUGCGCCAACUGAAGACCCCACUGCCCAUGACAGCCCGCUGCCCCAUGACAGCCCGCUGCCCCAUGACAGCCCGCUGCCCCAUGACAGCCCGCUGCCCCAUGACAGCCCGCUGCCCCAUGACAGCCCGCUGCCCCAUGACAGCCCGCUGCCCCAUGACAGCCCGCUGCCCCAUGACAGCCCGCUGCCCCAUGACAGCCCGCCGCCCCAUGACAGCCCGCCGCCCCAUGACAGCCCGCCGCCCCAUGACAGCCCACUGCCCCAUGACAGCCCACCGCCCCUUGACAGCCCACCGCCCCAUGACAGCCCACUGCUCCAUGACAGCCCGCUGCCCCAUGACAACCCACUGCCCCAUGACAGCCCACUGCCCCAUGACAGCCCGCCGCCCCAUGACAGCCCGCCGCCCCAUGACAGCCCACCGCCCCAUGACAGCCCACCGCCCCAUGACAGCCCACCGCCCCAUGACAGCCCACCGCCCCAUGACAGCCCACUGCUCCAUGACAGCCCACUGCUCCAUGACAGCCCACUGCCCCAUGACAGCCCACUGCCCCAUGACAGCCCACCGCCCCAUGACAGCCCACCGCCCCAUGACAGCCCGCUGCUCCAUGACAGCCCGCUGCCCCAUGACAACCCACUGCCCCAUGACAGCCCACUGCCCCAUGACAGCCCACUGCCCCAUGACAGCCCGCCGCCCCAUGACAGCCCACCGCCCCAUGACAGCCCACCGCCCCAUGACAGCCCACUGCUCCAUGACAGCCCACUGCUCCAUGACAGCCCACUGCCCCAUGACAGCCCACUGCCCCAUGACAGCCCGCUGCCCCAUGACAGCCCACUGCCCCAUGACAGCCCACUGCCCCAUGACAGCCCACUGCCCCAUGACAGCCCACUGCCCAUGACAGCCCACUGA